AUGGUGGAGAAGUCCUGUAGUACAGGAUUUAGAAAGCCUCAUGGCGAAAAGGACCAAUCGGUGACCAAACCGAUCUCUUUAGAUGGCAGAACAGGUGAAGUAAUCGUUAGAAAAUCAACAGGAAAAACCAAAAUACGUAAAGGUCAAACAGAAGAAGAGUACGUACAGCAGUUAAGGCACUACCUUCAAGUCGAAAAGGGCCCUGUGCGGACAGAGGUUGGAUGGAUGAAUGAAGUAGAUCCUUUGGCUGAGAUACGAGAUGGCAAGUACGAGAUCUCCAAUAAGCAUCAACGACAAGUGCUUAGUGGUUUCUGCCAUCGUCUGUUUUACCAACGCAAGUAUGAAGAGUGCCUUAACCUUAGCAACUACUUGUUGGGACUCUUUGAACCGUUUAAUGUGAAGAAUAAGAUGAAAAGGGAGCUCGAAGAGUUAAAAUAUAUGAUUGAGCAGUGUCAUGGACAGGUGUUAUAA